UGCAAAUUGGCAGACUUUUAAUUUAAGCUGCAGAUUUUUUCGAUGAUGCAGAUAUUUGCAGAUUUUUUAGUUUGGUUGCAGAUAUUUGCAGAUUUUUUAGUUUGGUUGCAGAUAUUUGCAGAUUUUUGGAUAUAAAGGCUUUUGGUUACACUAGGUUUCCUGACAUUUUUUGUUCUUCCCAGACUUUUAAAAUUAUUAUCGCAGACAUUUGAAAAAAGUACCUGGCAUCUCUGAUGGCGAUCCGCAGUCGGGUAAUCUGAGUUUUGUUUACAGUCUUUACGUUAGUUUGCGCUAAAUUUAAUUUGAUUGGAUUUAUCACCACCGUUAACUUCAAUUGUAGUUCAAUAAUGGCUAAUCUGAAGCCGCUUCAAUGUCUUAAUUUGGACACUAAUCAACAAAAAAAAUUCAUGAAAUUUUAUAAGUCCUUACCAGAUAAACCUUCAACUACGAUACGCUUCUUCGAUCGAUCAGACUACUACAGCUCCCACGGUCCCGAUGCAGAGUUUGUCGCAAAAAGUGUAUUCAAAUCAACGAACGUAGUCAAAAUCAUGGCCCCGGCUGGUUUAGAUUCAGAGCUACCGUACGUCGUGCUGAGCAAAAAUAAUUUUGAAGGCUUUGUUCGAGAUCUUUUACUUAUACGCAACUAUCGGGUAGAGGUCUACACGAAUAAGGGGCCCACGAAGACGUCUAACGAAUGGGUAUUAGAGUUCAAAGGAUCGCCAGGAAACUUGACUCAAUUUGAAGAUCUGCUAUUUUCCAACAAUGACAUGGUUGCAGGCUCUGCGUUGAUUGCGCUACACGUGAAACAGCAAGCCAAGCAGAAAGUUAUUGGAAUAUCUUGUGUUGAAAUGAACGAACGGAUUUUUUCGGUAUCUGAGAUUGUUGACAACGAUUUUUACUCGGAGCUUGAGGCUUUGGUUGUUAUUCUGGGUCCAAAAGAGUGCAUUUUGCCCUCAGGGGAUGCUGAGUAUGAACGCAUUAUAAAUCUAUUAAAAAGAAAUAAUGUCGUAGUGACCUUCAAGAAGAAACAAGACUUUUCUCUAGAAAAAAAUGACGUCAUACAAGAUUUGAACAAACUGCUCCGAUUCUCUAAAGGUCAACGAGAAAGUGCCAAUACCAUGCCGGAAACUUCUAACACAAUAGCACUAGCUGCACUAGGUGUAGCGAUACGUUAUUUAGAAAUUGUGAACGAUUCCUCUAACCACGGUCAAUAUCAAAUUAAAAUGCUGAAUCUCAACAGAUUUGUGCAUAUGGAUGCCGCAGCUGUUACCGCGUUGAAUCUUUUCCCUAAACCAGGCGUCAGCAUGACUUCGGCCGCUUUCAAAUGGCACAGCGUACUGGGAGUACUCGAUCGUUGUCGGACACCUCAAGGUCAUCGGCUGAUGGCUCAAUGGAUAAAGCAACCGUUACGUGGCUACGACAUGAUCAAGGAUCGCCAUGACAUUGUCGAGUGUCUCGUGGAUAGUGCUGUAGUUCGGGCGGAACUGCACGAUCUGCACAUGAAGCGACUUCCGGAUAUACUUCUAGUAGUUAGGAGGCUACUGAAAAAGAAAUCAUCACUGCAAGACAUUUUCCGACUGUACCAGGUCGUUUUGCGAACUCCAAAAAUUUUGCAACUUCUGGAAACAGUGGAAAAUACUGCAGUCAGAAGUAUUAUUCUUAUUCCGAUGAAGGACACACUGGGAGAUCUUAAAUUGUUCAAGGCAAUGGUAGAACAAAUUUUGGAUCUGGAAGCGGUUGAACGUGGAGAAUAUUUGGUGAAACACACGUUUGAUGAUCAGCUAAAAGAGCUCAAAGAACAAAUGGACGAAAUCCAAGGCAAGAUGAAACGACUACUCUCAAAGGUAGCUAGUGAGCUUGGUUUGGAGGGCAAUUCAAUAAAAUUGGAUUUCGUCGGUCAUCACGGUUUCCAUUUUCGCAUUUCGCUUAAGGAUGAAACUCUCAUACGCAAAAGUACAAAAUUCCAGAUACUGGAUGCAAUCAAAGGUGGUGUUAGAUUCACGAAUGAAAAACUUACUGACUUCAAUGCGGCUUUUGCCAGCUCGAAAGAAUCGUACGAAGAGCAGCAAAAGUCUAUUGUUGAUGAGGUCAUACGAAUUGCCAUCGGUUAUGUCGAGCCAUGGACGAUAUUGAACAACCAGAUAGCACAACUUGACUGCUUCUUAAGUUUUGCGGUAGCCGCAACAAGUGCACCGGAGCCAUAUGUGCGUCCGAGAAUGCAUCCAGAAGGAGAAGGCUCGCUGAAAUUGGUAAGCUUGCGUCACCCUUGUUUAGAACUACAGGAAGAUGUGAGCUACAUAGCAAAUGACGCCGAGUUUCAAAAAGAUAAAACCACAAUGUAUAUUAUCACUGGCCCGAAUAUGGGCGGAAAAAGUACCUUUAUUCGUUCCGUUGGAGUUGCUGUUUUUAUGGCUCACAUGGGAGCCUUUGUACCAUGCGCUGAAGCCGAUAUCACGCUUGUUGAUUCGAUUCUUGGCAGAAUUGGCGCAAAUGACAACUUAAGCAAGGGUCUCAGCACUUUUAUGGUUGAAAUGGUAGAAACUGCUGGUAUUAUACGUACCGCCACAGAUAAAUCAUUAGUCAUUAUUGAUGAGCUCGGUCGUGGCACUUCAACUUAUGAGGGUUGUGGAAUUGCUUGGUCCAUUGCAGAAUAUCUUGCAAAAGAAAAAAAAUGCUUCACUCUUUUUGCUACUCAUUUCCAUGAAAUCGCCGAAAUGGCUGAGACCAUAAAAACCGUGUAUAGCUGCCACAUGGAAGCCAUCGCCGAUAAGGAGAAUUUCACUUUGCUGUACCACGUCAAACCAGGUGUCAUGCAGAAAAGUUUCGGAAUACAAGUUGCCAGGCUGGCAAAUUUUCCUGACGAUGUUGUUGAGUUGGCUCAAAGGCUGUAUGAUGAAUGCGAAGGCCAUUACACUCAAUUACAAGCUGACAACGACGAGGAAGGAAUUAAGGUUUUCUUAGCAUCACUCGAUAAAAUUACCAAUGUGAAUCCACACAGCGACGAAGCAGUCCAAACAAUGCUGCAAGACGUUCGUUCUUGUGUUCGCAAUUGCAACAGUCCGUACUUCCGUAAGACUUUUCCAAAUCUGUAUGUCUAAGCAAAGUAAUGAGAAAGAUGCACUUUGAUAAAGUACAAAUAUGGUUAUGUGAAAAUGUCAAAACCUUUGUCUUCUUUUCGUUUAUGAAACUUUUAUUCCAUAUCAAACUCCACUUAUCAAAAAUAAUAAACACUGCCUAAAAAAGGAAACUAAUUUGGAUGAUGGUGAAGUACCAAAACAUGUUAAUUUUUAAGUUGGUUUCGCCUUCUCUUUCUUGUGAAAUAUUCAUCCAUCUUUGGUAAUCAAACACCAUCAAUAAUGAAAAAACUGAAGAUAACGAAAUGUGCUGUAUUUCGAACACAUCUUAGAUAUUUAAACUCUCGAAAAGGGCCGCCCUGAAAGCAUUUUCUAAUAGGGAAUGAGCUAUAGGGGAACUGGUGGUAAAAUGAACACGUUAAACAAAGUAAUUAUUUUCUAACUAAUAAGUGAUUGAGAUACUACAAUUACCUUAUACGUUUCUUGUUAAACAUGUUUUGUACAUACUUCGUGAAAAUACUUCGACAUAAACACAAGUUUUCAAACAUUAUUCUUGAUUUCAAAACAUGUCCAAAAAACAGACAUGUUUAUAGCGUGUGGGUAAAAUGAACAUGUGCUGGUGGUAAAAUGAACACCUUCUAGUGAAAAAAUGUUCUGUAUGUAGGGGAAUUAUGGUUAAAACCGACACCUUAAGCUUAACACUUUUUCUAAGUUGCCACAAAACCAAUAAAAUUAUAAUUUUAAUGCACAAUUCUUCUUCAGAAAAUUCUUAACAAGACUUAUUUUUUUCAGCGCUUCGAAAAAUUAAUUUCAUUAAAAAUUAUUGAUUGUAAAACUUGGACAACAAAGUGACUUUUUGUAGGCACUGCGGGUAAAACCGACACCCUAUAGGGGUAAGAUCGACACCCUCUUUAAUUUAUUUUCUCUCCACUUUA